AGCUGGGCAGAGCUGAUGAGGAAGCUCUGGGACUCAUCAGGGGCUUUCUCUUUGGGUGAAUCGGAGCCCGCGCUACGAGCAAGAGCUUCCCAGAGAGCCACGGCUUCUGCUCAGCUUCCCGGGGGGAGGCCCCUGGCCGCGCUCUGGCCUGCUCCCGUGUCCUCUGCCUCGCUUGCGAGAACUGCCUCUCUUCCCCCGGGUGAACCUAGUGCAAAGCCCUCGGAUGGGACUUCUCUGCCAUGCCCUAAGUUCUGCCGCAUCGACCAGCCCUUGUGCCACAACCAGGAUGAGCAGCUCAGCUUCGAAGCCGUCCGCAGCAUCCACAAGCAGAUGGACGACGAUGCGAACGGCAACGUGGACGUGGAGGAGAGCGAUGAGUUCCUGAGGGAAGACUUGAAUUACCAUGACCCAACAAUCAAACAUAGUACUUUCCAUGGGGAGGAUAAGCUCAUUAGUGUUGAGGAUCUUUGGAAGGCCUGGAAGGCAUCUGAAGUGUACAACUGGACAGUGGAUGAGGUGGUGCAGUGGCUGAUCACCUACGUGGAGCUACCCCAGUAUGAAGAAACCUUCCGGAAGCUGCAGCUCACGGGCCACGCCAUGCCCAGACUGGCCAUCACCAAUGCCACCAUGACAGGGACGGUCCUGAAGAUGACGGACAGGAGCCACCGGCAGAAGCUGCAGCUGAAAGCCUUGGAUACGGUGCUCUUUGGCCCGCCACUCCUGACCCGUCAUAACCACUUGAAAGACUUCAUGCUGGUGGUGUCCAUUGUGAUUGGCGUGGGAGGCUGUUGGUUUGCUUACAUCCAGAACCGCUAUUCCAAAGAGCACAUGAAAAAGAUGAUGAAGGACCUAGAAGGUCUUCACAGAGCUGAGCAGAGCCUCCACGACCUCCAGGAGAGGCUGCAGAAGGCCCAGGAGGAGCACCGCACGGUGGAGGUGGAGAAGGUCUCCCUGGAGAAGAGGCUCCAGGAUGAGAUCAGCAUAGCUAAGCAAGAGGCUCAUCGGCUCCGGGAGCUGCGGGAAGGGACAGAGAACGAGCUGAGCAGGCAGAAGUAUGCGGAGCAAGAGCUGGAGCAGGUCCGCAUGGCCCUCAGGAAUGCCGAGAAGGAGCUGGAGUCCCACAGCAGCUGGGCAGCCCCUGAGGCUCUGCAGAAGUGGCUGCAGCUGACCCACGAGGUGGAGGUGCAGUACUACAACAUCAAGAAACAGAACGCUGAGAAGCAGCUGCUCCUGGCCAAGGAGGGGGCUGAAAAGAUUAAAAAGAAACGUAACACCUUGUUUGGCACGUUCCACGUGGCACACAGCUCAUCCUUGGAUGAUGUGGAUCACAAGAUUUUAACUGCCAAGCAGGCGCUGAGCGAGGUGACGGCCGCCUUGCGGGAACGGCUGCACCCCUGGCAGCAGAUAGAGCUGCUCUGCGGCUUCCAGAUCGUCAGCAACCCCGGGAUCCACACGCUGGGGACGGCCCUCAACAUUGACCCCAGCUGGAUGGGCGCCUCCACACGGCCCAACCCCUCCCACUUCAUCAUGACCGACGACGUGGAUGACCUGGAUGAAGAAAUCGUCUCUCCCAUGUCCAUGCAGUACGUCGCCUUGCUUUUGGGGCACAAGUACAGUGACCGAUCAUCUCUCUGCUCGGAGGAUCAGUCCUUCUGGAAAUACCCCGGUUUGAGAACUAUUAUCUUGGAUUCGCUUUCACCCAUCAGACUAAACUCAGCAGGCAGAGACAGCCGAGCACCCAUUCUCUUCCUGACCCCUCCGGGCGGUUUUCAUUUUAAGCAUAGCAGCUAAUUCUCACCCCUCUGCCCUGUCUGGCAUCGCUACUAACCCCUUCCAGGAGGGCAGUGCCUGUUGGAACGAAGAACCGAAGGACCGAAACAGGGCAGAAGCGAGGCGGGGGGCUGCCUUCCUGGGCUAGGCGCCUGCGUUCGCCCUUCUUUUCUUUGCCAGGGCCGGGCAGGGGGAGGAAGUGGCCGGACCGCCCCUCUCCUUGGCUUCCUUGCCCUUUCUUCUCCAGGGGAUGCAGGCAAGCGGGCAGAGGAGCAGGUGGCAUUGCUGGGAGCGCCCCCUCGCCCUGGCCUUCCGCGCUUGGCUGACCGAGGCUGGCUGGCUCCCGGGCUGCCCCUGCGGGUCUCUAAGGGGAGUCGGCUUUAAGGGGGAGCAACUGCUCUCUUGCUUGGGAAGCCUCCCCGUGUCCCCUCCCUGCCCAGCUGCCAGGAAGCCAGCCUGCUCUGCCCGUGAGGGGCAGCUCCCCAGGGCCCAGAGGAUGGAUGGACGGAGGAAGUUGACUUGCCCCCCCGGAGCGGUUUGAGGCGAAACGCGGAGGACGCGGCUGGCUUCCUAAAGUUACUUGGGAUGCUCUGCGUGAGAGCAGGCGCCACGUCCAGCGCAGGGAAAGCAUCUUUCCUCCCGGGGCCGGCGGGGCGGGGGGUGGCAGCAGCCGACGGGCCCUGGGGCUGGGCUGCUUCUGGCCGGAGGAUUUUUCCACUCAAAAUUGCCCAGAGCCAGUUCUCAAGGGAAGAGGGGCAGGGCCGGAUGCUUCUCCCCUCAGGAGAAAGGCAGUUGGGAGGGGCACUCUGGAUGGGAGAGGGGCGGGGCGGGCGGGGGUCCUCCCAGCCGGCGCCGCUUCCCGGUUCUUCAGUUCCCAGCAGGGUCCUGACUCCUCGUCUCUUUCAUGCACCAGUUAACCCGCGUCCUGUCUGCAUGCCCCUUCGGGCCCAGCCAGCAGUCUUGGGCACCGCCCCGGGACCCUGCGGGGCUGCCCCGAGGGGGCUGGUGCCGCUAGGUGAUGGGAACCUGGGUUGCAGCCAAGCCUCUUCAUGUGCUUCAGCCUGACCUUGGAAAAGGGUUGCGGGGGGAGAGGAAAUGGGGAGACCCGAGGGGGAGAGCGGGAGAGCCUCUCUGGGCACGAAGCCUCGGGAGGAAAUGAAGGAAGCUUCCUGAGGACGGCCUUGGACGGCGAUGGGAGGCCUUGUGGCGAGCCCCGCCUGGUCACCCCCCCCCUAACCGUGCCCCGUUUCCCUUCUCUCGCUCCAGCUCCCACCUUGCCGAGCGGCGUCGUGCGCCAGCGCCUGGUGGACCCCCAGCAUUCCUUGGGAUCUCAGAGGGACCUGGCCCGCUCGGAUUCAGACUCCUC